CAGCUGUAUUGUAUUUAUAUACAGUUGUGGAGUCCUAAACCUCUUGGCUUUCUUGGCCUUGCUUUCCUCUCCCACAUUGAAAUGGGAACCAUGGCAGACUUCCCUCCAAACCUUGAGGAUGGAGAACUCUGGCUACCCUCUGAUGUUUUCCAUGAAAUCGUUUCUGCAACCAUCAAGCCCGAAAGAAGCAACUCCCACCAAGCUUUUGUCAAGAAUGCUGCUCUCGAUCACGUUGCAAUUCAGCGCAAAAGUUCUUCUGCAAGAUCUUUGUCAGAAGCUGUGUCUAAAUUUCAGAUAAAACACCAGGCUUCUGGCAGUUUCCAUGGUUCUAAGCCAAAUGGCAAUGGUGCAGCUGCUCGUGCAGUACCUGCUUUUGACCAUGGCGCCUCUUGCGUCGUCGGUGGCUAUUCACUGUUUCCUGGACGUAUUCUCCUCUAUAAUCCGAUCCCACCGACUCAACCUCAGGGUUUUGAGAAAGCCGGGAAGCAAAAAUCUCGACGAGGGUCGUCGCUUAUCUGCAGAGAGGAAGUGAAGAGCUUUGCAGGAAAAUCUGGGGGAACUGGUGUCUUUUUACCCCGUUCCACAGAUGCUUCUGAGGAACUUGAACAGGCUAUGAACACUGGCGUUUUCCUUAAUCAUCAUCAUGCCUAUCUAACCAGUGGCAAAACGAACAAGAGUGGGAAGAAAGGGCAAGGCAAUCGAAAGAAAAAGGUGGACGAAAUAAAGGGAACUUUGGAAGAGCAAGAGGAGUCUCAAAUUUCAAAUGAGAUUGAUGAUCAAGGCAGGCACGCAUAAACUAAUUCCUGCCCAUUCACGCAUGCAUGCACGCCUCUAAAAUGGCACUUGACAAGGCCCCUCCCAGCCUGCCCACAACCUACAUAUAUUUAGUCGAUUUUGAUGAAAGGUGGUUGUGUUUUUUAGCAAGAUAUGAGGCUAAUUUCCGAUGGUUUUUCUUGAAUGAAAAAAUUGGUAUUUUGGGUGGGAUAGGCAACCGACUUGGGCUAUCUUGGAGACAUUUGGUUAAGACCAAUCUUGGAUAACAUGUUCUAAAGUCUAAACCCAACAGUAUAGAUCUUUUAAGAUUUUAGCUUUGUGGGAUCUACAAAAAUUCAUAAAAUCUCAUCUCAAACUUUGUUUUAAAAAAUAUUCAAAUCUUUCUCACUUCUCAGCAUCUAAACAUCUAUUAAUCUCAAUUGGAAAAUACUCGUAUGCCUCCUAGGUUAAUUCCGUGGGUUUGAUGAAUUUGUGUGUAUGUCUUUUUAAAAUGUUUAAGAAAUGUUAAAAAAUACAUAAUUAACUAGGAGUCAAACUUAACGAUAAGAACUGAACGACAUAGUUGUAUGAACCAAU